AGCUCUUAAACAGAAAAGAUGGCACGAAAAAGUAGAAAUACUAUGUUCAAUUUUGUAUCCGACUUAAUGAACAAGACCAUAGAGGAAGAUGCUUUGAUUAAAUCUUAUAUGACGGGAAAGAAGAAAGACAAGGUGAAGAACAAAGACAAACUGUCAAGCUACAGAUUUAAUGAUGAGGAGAAGAACAAGCAUCAGAAAUUGCGAACGACAGAUUCAGGAGAGUCGGUGCUUCACAUUGCCGUUAGCUGUAAGAGGAAUAAAGUUGCCAAGCAUAUAAUUGAUUGUGAUCCAAGUUUAAUAAUCUGUGAGAGGAAGCAUGAUGACUACCGUGGACAGACGCCAUUCCACAUUGCCAUUGCGAUAGCCCGACGUGACACUGCUGACCAGCUAGAUCUACAGGAUGAUCGGCUAGACCUAUUGGAAUAUAUGAUUAACGCUCUUGAUGAUGAUAUGCUCAAUGAAGCGAUGGAACGGCGUGUUGUAGGAAAGAAACUAAGAGGAACUGUGAUGUUGGGAGGGACACCUUUGUCCAUUGCUGCUUUGAAUAAUGAUGAAACUGUAGUUGACCUUCUCCUGAAAAAUAAUGCUGACCUGAAAAGUUCGGACACAUUUGGGAAUACAGUUUUUCACUCGUUGGUCCUGUACGCAUCUUUCUAUCCAGAAAAAGAAAGUGCCAUCCUCAGCAUGAUUGACAAGUUGGCAAAAAAGAGCAGGAAGUAUAUGAGCCACACUAAUAACAGAGAAAAUGUACAACGAGAAAAUGCUCGUAAACAAACAGCGCUCCAUCUUGCUGCCGAGUUGGGUCUGGACAACGUGUUUAAACACAUCCUUGAUAUGGAAGAUGCAUACAAGUUCUUCACUAGUCAUGACGGUGUUUUUGAUAUCUACGAGUGUGAUAUAACAGAGAUUGAUAAGGUAACCUGGGAUAAGGCUGUUCUGCAGAUGUCACCUGACUACAGGAAUACAGACCACAGAGCAGAGGGGCUGGCAAAAGGCAAAGAGGAUUCAGGAAUAGAAACCUAUUGGAAGAGCUUGAGACAAAAUAAGAACCAGAGUAUUUUGGAAAUCAUAUGCAGUUUGAAGACAACGACGGCUUAUGCGUUUCUGAACGACUACACGGUCCAAGAAGUGGUGUUCUUAAAGUGGCAGAAGUACUGUCAUUACUACUACAUUGGCCUCUUUCUUCACCUGUCACUGAUGAGUGUCCUCACCUGGCAUUUAGAUCUCAAAGUUGAUGCCAUCCUGGAUCCUGACCCGGCGCAGAAGCAGACCUUGAACCUUAGGGUUUUGAACAUCAUCUUUAUCGUCAUAAGUCUCCUUUAUGUAAUUCUAGAAAUUCACAGGACAUUCUUUUCGUUGCAACCUUUCCAUAUAACAAGACUGCAUCACAAUGGAGUAUACAGGUGCAUAUUUGUGCUGUUUGGUUUGGCAUUACUGACAGACGCCUCGUGGAAUGUUGUAUCUGUUACAAACAACUACUGUCUGGUGAUAGCAUUGAUCCUUGGUUGGUGGUCAACAACCUUCUUCCUCCGUGGAAUCAGACCUUUCAGCUACGUAACACUUAUGUUACAGAAAGUCCUUUUUGGGGAUAUGCUGAAAUUUAUACCAAUCAUUUUCAUAAUGAUGCUAGCAUUUACAAGUGCAAUGCACAGUGCCUUUGCGGAAACCCAACCUGGAACAUUUGGGAACUUCUCUAUCAGUCUUCUUACGACAUUUAAUCUGAUGACUGGUCAAGGACAGAUAGAAGGACUUGAGGGAGCAUCGAGUCAUGGGUCCAUCCCCGUCUUUGUCCUUUCUGUGAUAGUCAUCCAAAUAUUCCUCCUCAACAUCCUCAUCGCUAUAAUGUCAAGCACAUGCGAAAGCGUUAAGAAUUCAAAUGAGCUGUUGUGGCUACAGAGAUUGUCCAUUGUCUUAUUCAUUGAAGGUAUACUACCUAAAUGUCUGAAGAAAGUCAUCGGGAAAGCGGAAAAGACAGAUUAUGGCAGUACGAGAUAUCUUCUCAAAAUUGACCGCUUGAGAGAGGUUGACUCCAUGGACGACAAAAUGUUGAAAGACAACGUUAAUUUGAAUGUCACAUCACUGCGCAACUUAUUGAACAGAUCAAAAGUGUGGGAGACAGCAACACUCCCUGGCGAGAGGACACAGCCCACCCAGUAUCUAGAUAUUGAGGACUAUGGAAAGAGAAUAUAAAUAAAUACAGACAUCAUCGUAAAAGUUAAUAGUCACAUGCAAAGUCUAACACCAUAUCCAUGGCAAAAACCUAUAUAUGUGUAGAAACAUGCACCAUUCGUGCAAGUAGAAGGUUCUUCAGGUGCAUAAUACAAUCAGGUUUCAACCCACAACUUAGUGUCGGGUAUAUCUGUAAAAAUAGUAUCUCUUGAUAAGGUGAGACAACCUACAUCUCUUACUGACGCAUUUGUCAUUAUAAGGUCUUUAUUAGUCUUAUUGGUUCCAAAUGGGAUGUCUUUUCACCCGAAAAUGUUCCGGUUUUAUCAUGAGGUAGAUUAUUUCAAUCUCAUUUUAUAAGAUGAGAUAUCCAUGGUAUUUGUGAAAACGUCACGAUACAUGUACACGGUUCCAAAAAAGGAAACGCAUAGUUAAAAAAAUAAGGAUAUUUAUUAAGCGGAUGUAAAAAUAUCUA